AUGGUGAAGUUGCACCCAGCAUACCGACUGUACCCGGACUAUGCUGGUGCAUUUAUUGCUCUCACAGUGCCCACUGAAGAUCCCUACUGCUACAAACCUCUUGACGCCGCUGCAUAUGGAGAGACAUAUCCUUCUUCCCUAACAGUGGCCGUACCGUCUCGCUUAUAUCAUUCUCCAACCGCUGAAAAGCCAUUCGCAGGAACUCGAAUUGGUGUCAAAGAUAUCAUGGAUCUCUGCGGGCUCCGCACCGGGGCCUCAUCGCGAGCAUACACACAACUGCAUGGACCUCGAACCGAGAAUGCAGAGGUCAUCCAGAAAUUGCUGGAGCUAGGAUUUAUCAUUAUAGGCAAAUUAAAGACUACUCAGUUUGCAGACUCCGAGUGGCCGACUUGCGAUUAUGUUGACUAUCAUGCGCCGUUCAACCCUCGCGCAGAUGGAUACCAGACGACCAGCGGUAGUAGCUGUGGGAGCGCAGCGGCGGUGGCUUCGUAUGAAUGGCUGGACUUCGCUCUGGGAACUGACACACUGGGAAGCAUCCGCGCUCCAGCAACCGUUCAAGGCCUCUAUGGCAUACGCCCCUCCCUGGACGCCACGAGCUUCAAGGGAAUAAUCCCGUAUACUAAGUACGAUGAUAACCCACAUCAGAGCAGAACACUGGCAGAUGCUGUUGGUGGAUUCGCUCGGGAUGCGUCUUCUUUCGCGAAACUAUCUCGCGCCCUUUACGGCUCUAUUAAUGAUCCACAGUUUUCCAAGAAACCCAGUAAGAUUCUGUACCCAUUGGAAUACUGGCCGAAGACAAGCACGGAGCAUGACGCCGUCCUGGAAUCCUUCAUUGUUGAGCUGGAACGGUAUCUCGGAGUUCAGCGAAUACGAAUAAACUUAGAUGAGAUCUGGGAGUCAACAAAACCAAUACCCGAAAAUACCACUCUGGAAAAGUACUUUGAGCAUGAUUUUGAGUGGGCCGCAAAUCCCUCUCAAUGGAAAGACUUCCUCAGCCCGUUCAUUACCGAGUACAAAAAUACCGACGGUUGGGAUCCAGCUCUUAAUCCCCAGUUGCAAUUCAAGCGGUGCGUAAAUGUUGAGAAAGAGGGUCUCAGAAGAUGCAGAGUCUUCAAGUCUUGGUAUGAGGCCAAUAUCCUCCCACCUGCCAAGGAUGGCUUCUCCGAUACCCUGCUUCUCCUGCCAUGGAGUAGCGGGAAGCCGGACUAUCGAGAUAUGUAUCGUGGUGGGCCCCAGAGAUUUACGGGCAUUGGCUUUUUCUUCUACAAUCUGUCUCCCCACUCUGAGUGUCCGGAGGUGAUACUUCCAGUGGGCCAAACGUCCUUUACCUCAAGGAUCACCAACUCCACCGAACAUUUACCCGCGUCUAUAGGUAUUAGCAGCGGAAAGGGAAGCGAUGUGAUGCUGACCGACUUUAUCGCAGACUUAGUGACUGGGACAAAUAGCCAGGGUGUAGGGGUUGGCUCUCUAGCAUUUGAAAAUAUUGUCAAUAUGGGAGAUUCUUCACUCUAUUCACAGGCGGCUGCGCAACUACCUUUGAGGGGUGAUCUUUGA